AUGGCUCUGCCACCAAUUGUCUCGGCCACCGCCCAGAGCGCGGUGCUGAGCGCAACAUCAAACAUCCUGGCCCAGGCUAUCACAGCUUACAGGAGCGAUAAACAAUUUGUGAUCGACUGGAUCCCCGUCUUCCAGUUCUUCCUGUACACCGUCGUCUCAACCCCGCCCAACUUCCUGUGGCAAGACUUCCUCGAGUCAACCUUCCCGGCCACAAAGACCGUCCCAUCGUCGGAGGCCAUCAAGUCAGCAUCCCGCUCCAAUGAGAAAGAGCUUGACCGCGAGGCCCGCGAGGGCAAGCUCGUCGAGACCAAGCUCGACGUGCCCCACACCAUCAUCAAGUUCAUACUCGACCAGACCGUCGGCGCCGCCUUCAACACCCUGAUGUUCAGCUUCUUCACCCACAGCAUUAAGCAGGCUAUGGCCCACCGGCCCCUCACCACGGACCCGUCAGCUGGCAUCGCCUUCCUGACCAGCGGCAAGGCCAUCGACUACAGCCAGGUCGACUGGAGGCAGGUCCUCGAGCUGGCAAAGUUGGAAUUCUAUCCGAUCAUGGUGGCGGGUCUCAGCCUCUGGCCUGCCGUCAGCUUGUUCAACUUUGUGGUGGUGAAAACUGUCGAGGGCAGGAACCUGGUUGGCUCCUUGGCUGGCGUUGUCUGGGGUGUGUAUAUGAGUCUGUUUGCGGCAUCGUAG